AUUCACCUGUCGCUGGCCGGCAGUCUCCUGUGCGCUCUCCUUCUAAGCGUCGUCGCCAAGCCGUCGCCGAAUAAGCGCGCCGACGACGAGAAGGUCGCCGCCGACGUCCUACACGCGUCGCUCGCAAACAUCUCGAUCCCGUUUCUCCCCGUGCGAAAAUCGUCGGAUUCGAACCUGUCGGAUCCGGACUCGCUUUUCGACAGCUACGAGGAGAACAAGAGCGUCAAGGACUGGUGUAAGACUGAGCUGCUGUGCCAGAGGGUGCGCCACAAGGCCUGCAUCACAAAGGAAGUCGUCAACAAGUUCUGCUACGGCCAGUGCAACUUCUUCAUACCGCGUCGCGGUUUGUUCGCUAACGACUCGCAGGCGUUCAAGUCCUGUUCGUUCUGCAAGCCGAAGGACUACAAGUGGCGCAACGUGACGCUUCAGUGUCCAGGCCAGACCCCGCAGAGUGUCACAAAGCGCGUGCGAAUCAUCAAGAAAUGCCGAUGCCAAAUCGUGUCGAAGAUUUUCAACUCGUUGUGA